CUCCAGAGCGUAAACUGCUCUGGAGGCUUGUGGAUCAGGAGACGCACGGCGCGCAACGGCAGAGGAGCAGAGGAGAUGGGCGACAAACCAGGCACCAGGGUCUUCAAAAAGUCCAGUCCAAACAGUAAGCUUACAGUGUAUCUUGGGAAGAGGGAUUUUGUUGACCACUUGGACCAUGUAGACCCUGUAGAUGGUGUAGUACUUGUAGAUCCAGAAUAUCUCAAAGACCGCAAAGUAUUCGUGACUAUCACAUGUGCGUUCCGGUAUGGCCGAGAGGAUCUGGACGUUCUGGGACUGUCUUUUCGUAAAGUCCUCUUCAGCAGCACAGUCCAAGUUUUCCCCUGCCCUCCUUUGUCCCACCAGCUGAGCCAGUUACAGGAGAAACUCAUCAAAAAACUGGGACUACACGCCUACCCCUUCAACUUCACUAUUCCACACAACCUGCCAUGUUCAGUGACGCUGCAGCCCGGCCCAGAGGACACAGGGAAGGCGUGUGGAGUGGACUAUGAGCUCCAGGUGUUCUGUGCCAAGACUGAAGAUGAGAAAAUCCACCAAAGGAAUUCAGUGCACCUCCUCAUCCGAAAAGUCCAGUACGCCCCCGAGACCCCAGGCCCACAGCCCAUGGUGGAGACCAGCCGCAACUUCCUCAUGUCGGACAGGUCAUUGCAUCUGGAGGCGUCACUGGACAAAGAGUUGUAUUAUCAUGGAGAGCCUAUAAACAUCAAUGUCCAUGUUACCAACAACUCCACCAAAACAGUGAAGAAGAUCAAAGUAUCUGUUCGACAGUAUGCAGACAUCUGUCUCUUCUCCACCGCGCAGUACAUGUGUCCAGUGGCAAUGGUCGAAGCGGAGGACCAGGUGAGUGCCAGCUCCACCCUGUGUAAGAUCUACACUCUGACUCCAGUGUUAGGACCCAACAGAGAGAAGAGAGGCCUUGCUCUGGAUGGAAAACUCAAACAUGAAGACACCAACCUGGCUUCCAGCACCAUAAUGAAAGAGGCGUCAGAUAAGGAGACUAUGGGAAUUCUGGUGUCCUACAAAGUCCGGGUCAAGGCUGUGGUGUCUCUUGGAGCGGAUGUGGCAGUGGAGCUUCCAUUUGUUCUGAUGCAUCCCAAACCUAAAGAAGAGAUGCACACACCUCCUCCACAGCCUGAGACUGGCAUUCUCGUGGACACAAACCUGAUAGAGCUGGAGACUAAUACACCAUCUCAGGUGGAUGAUUUGGUGUUUGAAGACUUUGCUCGUCUGCAGCUCACUGAUAUGAAUGACAAGGAGGAAGACCCAUUCUGCUAGCUCCAACUGUAGCCAUUACUGAGGAACACUUCUACACAUGAGCACUGUGCACUGUACAGGGCUUAAAGUGACCAAAAAAUUGAGCUUUGUGUAGCUCGGUCAAAACUUGUAUCGACAUUUUUAUGGGCACUUUUAAAUUACUUAUAUUCUCCAUAGUUAUUUAACCCUAAAAGACAGUUGACAUGAGUACAAACAUUAUGGAUUACAAAAAUUCAUAAUAAUGGCGAGGUCUGGGGUCCUCCCCCAGAAAAUGUUUGGAUAAAUCAGGCAUUUCCUCUAAACUGGUGCAUUUUAAAUAAUAUUUUUUCCUCAGUCUGACAGACAGCUCGAAAAUGUUUAAGUACAGAAAUAUUAGUAAAAGAACAUUUUAAAUCUGUCAGCUGGACAAAACGUUGUAGGGGUGAAUACAUUUUGCUGCUCCUCCAAGCCACUUUUUUCUCUCUUCAGUUCUGGUCAAAUUAUUGAUGGACACUGCCUUAUAUAUGUCUGAAGGGAGGCGCAAACUACACCGAAAUGAAAACGCCUAUUGUUUACAGUUUCUGUUUGUAGGAUAGGUCUAAUGAGCUACACUAAGUCUUAACUGUGCCUGGUCAUACUUAGCAUAAUCGUUCAGGCCACUAAUGAGUGCUCCCACACCUAUUAGCAUACUAGAUAGCCCUAUUGUUUUCCUUGAUUUAGGUCUGAGGAUGGAGUUUGAUGUCUAAGGCCCCCCAUUCCUGUUCAAAGAUGGAUUGUCUUUUCUAACAUUGCUUCUUUAACUCCCCUCUCAAACCAUUUAUUUUCUUUGGCUGAGAUUUAUACCUCACUAUUUUCAAAGGAGUGGUUAGUGUCUUUGAGACAGAGAUGUACAUCGGACCGGGGUCCUGAGAAGCUCUUGCGUCAGUGUUGGUACAUUCUCUUAUGGAGUGGCUGUUUAGCUUCUGCAAUACAACGCUCACUACACUCUUCACUACCCUGAAUGGUUUAGACUACAUUGCUUUGAUUAUGGCUCGGAUUUUUGUACUUUCGGUGAACCAGUUUCUGUCUUAAAGUGUUUGUAGGUUUGAAAUAGACCGGGAUUUCAUGCUGUCUGGAAAUCCUCUGAAGCUUUUCAAACUCACCAGCUAUGUAAGGAAUGGUUACAUCUUUUCUUCUAGGUUCAGAUUCCUUUGUGUCCUAUUUUUUAGCUCUCUUUCUUUCUUUCUUUCUUUCUUUCUUAAUUAUUUAUUUGACAGGGACCAUGUACAAAUUCAUUAAUCUUACAAAGAAAAGGUGAUUUGCACCAGAUUUAGCUACUGCUACUUUCCAUCUGCAGUCCCUGAGCAGGUGAACACACAUUAAAAAACACAUAUCAAUUGAAAAUUACAAUAUACAACUACCGAUUUGCCAUACAUAUGUCCCCCCCAGUCCAAACUAAUAUAAAAAUCAUUAUGUGCAGGUUUAUACAGUGAGCACAGAGCAGCACCAACUAACUAGACUGAUGUGGACACAUUUGAUUAUUUAAAAUGAACUUUUUCAAAUUUCUAGUAAAACUAUUAAAAUCCACAGACAAUUUCAGACUGUCUGGAAGCUGAUUCCACUGCCUAAUGGUUUGAUAAGAAAAAGCCGAUUGAGCAAAGGGCGAGGAUCUUUUUGGAACUAUGCAAUUUCGGUUUACGGAGGAACGAGUGAAUCGGGUAGUUUGUUCAGAACAAAGAAUAGUAAAUUUUUUUAAUGUAGGUGAAGCUUCAUUAUUAAUAAUUUUCUUAGAUGUGAAUACAAAAUUAAAUUACUGAAACUGAACAUUUUAUAUUUACUUAAGACGUUACAGUGGUGAUAAUGGAGGUUUUUUUUAUCGAGUGCCUUUACUGCCUGAUUAUAGGUGGAUCUGAGAGAUUUUAAAGCGCUCUCAUUGGCCUGAGACCAGCAGGAGACACAAUAGGUCAGGUGUGGAAUAAUCAUGGCAUUAAAAUAUGUAAAAAGCGGCCUCUACUGUCAGGCUCAUGUGUCUAAGGGAAGAGAUGUUGUAGCGGAUUGAAUUGCGUACUUUUUUUAUAUGCUUAAGUCUAUUGAAGGUCCAUUUUGGAUAUCCACAAGCAGAGGGGACUUUCUCUAGGUGUUGUUCCUCUUUCACUUUUCCCUCUGUGUUUUUGGGAACCACUUGAGCCCUAUGCUGUAAUGUGCAAAUAACUUUGAGUUUGUGCUGAUGGUGUAAAUCAAGCAGCAGCCAUUGGUCAGUGUCUGGUCUUGCCCUAUAGUGCACAAUCCAAGAAGGCCAAUUUGUUCUCCUUGACGUCUAGCAUUAAUAUGUGCAGUAAAGGGUUCCAGAUCUUGAAUUUUGAUUUUAGUCCAGUCCUUUAGUCUUUGUUGUAUUGAUACCAAUGCGUGGGUGGAGUGCCUGCAAAUGAGGCCAGUCUGUUCAAAUUGUUCCAUAUACAAGUUAGGAGAGACCGGUGAACUGAAGAAGCGACUUGGAUGAGCAGCAAAACGUUUCCACUAGUACAACUUUUUGUCUAGUUGACAGAUUUACAUUUUUCUUUUACUAUAGUUCAUAUCUGGAUGACUGAUGGACUGGAUGUACAGAAAUAUUGUUUAAUAACCCCACUGCUACAUCAUGAGUUAAUAGGCUGACUUCAGGUGAAGUGAAAUGAUUAAGCAUUAAAGAGUCACCCAUCAUGUGUGUUCUUAUAUUGUAGCCCAAGACCUUGUGUCUAAAAAAACAAUAGUUUCUGAUCAUUCUGAGAGCCUCACAGUUGGUGUGGUUCUGUGUCAAACCAAGCAAUCUUUACACCUGUACUUCAAAUCACAGUAACACUUCAUAUUGUGGUCUUAUAUAGGGAUAGAAAUCUUAUUGAAUGAGUUUGCAUAUUUCAGAAUAAUUUAUGCUUGCUCUGUUGAUAGGAUGUUGUCAUUUAAAAUAGGAUUUUUGGUCAAAUUUUGUUAUUUAGGUAAGUUUUUUUUUUUUUUUUUAAAUGCAUAGAUACUACUACUGAAUAUUAUUUCUACAGAACUGCUAUGUAAACUGCUUUUUUGUGUGUGUUUGAGUAUAAACACAUUUUACUCACUCAGUGUUGAUACAGGCCCUUGGUUAUCCAAGUGUAAAAUCCAAUUUAAAAGAUUUUUUUUUAUUUUUUUUUAUUUUUAUUUAGAUUUCAUUUAGAAGGCUUUUAGUCCCCAGAUUAAACCCUAAUUAAAGGAGUUUGGUCCUAUCGAGUCCUAUGGGGCAAAGUAACAUGUAGGCCUAUCUAAUGAGUAUCAUGCAUGUGUUUACAAGCACAGCAUUAAGUCCGUGUCCCAGUUUAUCUGAUAAGGAGUUUUGGGGUGUUUGUUUUGUACGCUAUAGUCCAAAAAUAAUAACAUGUCAAUCAUUCAGCUAGACCUAUAUACCCUAAACACGUUUGUGGAUUUAUUGGGUCUUUUCAGGAAUAUUUGUCAGUCUCGAAGACAGUGUACAGCACUGCACAUUAAUAGAGCAACAGCUGAAUAUAGCUGUCUUUAAAAUAGCGGCUUAUUGAAUAUUUAGCAACCACACUGUUGCAUCUCUCUUUAAUCUGUGCUCAUGUAUCGUUUAGUUGACCGCGGUCUGUGCUACUUGGUCUCAAAAGUGGACUUGGAGUGCGCAAAAGACAGAAGCACGGGACCAUUCGAGACGCAGGCGGUGAAGGAAUUAACGCUGAGCCUUUUCCACUUAUAACGCAUCGUGUCAAAUAAACGCGUCCAAAAGAACCCACUUGAUUGCGGUCUUCGUCUCUGUACUUGCAGACUUCUUUCUUGAGCGCGUAAUUAUCCGACUGCAGCGCGCUGGCUGUAUUUCACGCAUUGUCAAACAACGGUUAUAAAGAAGACACUUAGUUUAGUCUAUCUCAAAAGUAGGGCACAGGACAGCGUGGUCAGCAGAUUGUGCAUACUUUUGCAUAGCAAACUAAGCGAAGAACUUUUAAGCCCCGACUGUAAUAUAGAACUUGUAUGAACAUUUAUUAUCAACAUUUAUAGUGGCCUUUACACAACUACCUAUGGAAUAAUUACUGGUGGAGAUUGUGUAUAUGUUUGAUUUUGUCUUGUGUGAUUGAAAAGUAAAUUUUAAGUAGCAUAUCUUUGUUAAUAUGUGCAAAAAAUAUUAUUUACAAUGUUUUUGAUUGUCACAAGUUGGCCUGUAUACAUUCCAUACAGUAAUUAUGUUGCACUACCAUUAAUGUAUUAAUACUGUACUACUAAAUAUUAAAAACUAUGGUAUUACU